UCGCACGCAUCUGUCUGACAUCUACAGAUAAACUAGGUAGUGCGCGUGCCACUUUCAGCGCUCUCCUUCGCGCCCACGCGUAGCCCGCUCUCCCUUUCUCUCUUCUACGCACUCACAUUCAUUCUCUCUCGUAGUCUCCGAGACGAUUAAAAAUACUACUUUAGGUCAGAUUACUUAUUAUAAAUGAUACAUGACCGUCCGUUUUUCGAGGUAAUUUUUGGUAGGGUUUAAAAUGUUUCAUUAUUUGCAUAUGGCAAAAUCUUAUUAUUCUUUAUUUUUCUCUAACCAUUACGCAACAAAUAAAACAUUAAGAGGGCACGGCCACCUAUUGAUGAACAACAAGAACCGCCGUGGAAUAUUUUUCUGUAAUUUUUAAAAAUAAAAAACAUGUAAUUACUUACAAAGUAAUAUUUAGUUUGAAUCUAUUUGAAAUAAACCGAAUUUAUUUUCCGGAAAAUUAAUGGUUUAUAAAUUGUAUACCUAAUUAAUGGGCUAGAAUUGUGUACAGCUAUGUAUAACGUGUCUAGGAUUAUUUUAAAUAUCGUUCUAAAAUCUUUUGAAUUUUGAGAUUUUAAACCAGAAUACAGAAUUCAAACCACAAUUCCAAUCUCAUUAUGAUGCAACAAUUAGGCAAGAUUCCUUGGCUAAAUAUUACAACUCUAGAAUGUUACAACAAACAGAAGAACCAACGAAAAAAAACGUGAUCAUUCACUUAACCAUAACUUAAUUGUAUACUUUUUAAACUCUUUGUAAUUGGACGAAAUUUGCGGAGGUGAGACUGAAUCUGGAGAAUGAAUCCCAAUAGCUGGUCAGAAAACAAUAGCCUAAUGUGUAAAAAAAAAAAAAAAAAUCAGGCUUUUAAGUAAAUCAGUAAAAGUAGGCCUACUCACUAGCAUUUACUAGAUUAUACCAAUUACCCUGAGGGUAACUGAAGUUCGAAAUCUGGCAUGGUCUAACAGUUUUAAGAAAAUGACAGGAACAAAUCAAAAAUAACUACUACAUGUUGCUCCAUAUAUCAAUGCAGAGAUGGGUUAGUACACUGGAUAAAUAAUUGACUGAAAGUGAGGAGAUGGAGAAAGGCAACAUGAUGAGGGGGGAAUAAGAGAAAGAAAGACAAAGACAAAUGGAAGGGCUGCUGACAAUGAGAAAGGAGAUUAAGACUUGGAAACAAGGUAGACCACAACCGAUGGAAGCUGGAGAGAGAGGUGUUGGAGGAAGUCAACAAGGUGAGGAUGGAACCAGAGCUAGCAAAGGUGAAAGGUUAAUUGAAGAGUUGCUGAGGCAGAUAAGGGAGACUGAGGCUCCUAUUGAGGUACACCACUACCAAUGGAAGCUAGAGAGAGAGUUGUUUGAGAAACAGAGAGAAAGCGUAGUGUCAGACAGAAAGAAGAUGGAGCUCAAGAUGGCAAAGCUGAAGGUGCAGAACAUACUGAACUUGGCCGAGAUAGGAGAGGUGACAGUGGAGAGUACUAAGCUGUUAGCUGAGAACGAAAGGAAGAGAGAGAUGUUGGAGAAACAGAGAGAAAGCUUAGAGGCAGAGAAAGAACAUCUAGAAGUCAAGAUGACAAAGGUGACAAUGCAGAACAUACUGCACUUGGCCAAGAUAGGGAAGUUGACCGUGGAGAACACGAGGCUGUUAGCAGAGAAUGAAAGGCAGCGAGAGGUGUUGGACAAACACAGAGAAAGUGCAGCAGCCGACACACAAACCUUCAUGGGCAAGGUAUCAAAGGUGAACAUGUCCUUGGCCAAGUUAUGGAGGUUGAGAGUGGAGAACAAGAAGAGACUGUUAGCUGAGAAUGAAAGAGUGGUGAAGGAGAGGGUGAGAGAGAGGAAUGGAUGGAACCUCAUAAGAAAUGGUUUGAAGGCAGAUUUGGCCAAAGCAGACCUAGAGAGGAAUCAGACCUCAGUAGGCUGGAAGGAGGACAGGGGGAGAUGGGCCAAGGCUGGCCUACAAAGAAUCUGGGAUCAACAGGGGGAAAGAUGGAUGAAGGAGAAGGAGAAGGAGGAGAUUAAGAGAAGGAGCACACAGGCAGCAGAGGUGUGGAUGAUUGAACUGAGAGAAAUGGAGAGUGCGAUAGAAGCCCUGGAAAGAGAAAAGAUGCGGAUUCUUUGCCUGCAUGGACAAGAGAAGAAGGGAUGGGAGAUGGAAAAGGAGAGGUUGGCGCUUACAUGGGAGCGGGAGAGAAAGAGUAGUGAAAUUGAGAAAAUGCAAAGGGAGAAAGACAGAUGGCCAAUAGAGAAGAUAGAUAUGGUGGAGAGGAUGAAAGAGGCAUACAUAAAGCUGUACCAGAUGCAGACUGUCCUGAGGUUCGGAGAGCAAGAGCAAGAGCAGCCACAGAAGGAAACUAAAACUGACAAGGAACUAUAACUGUCACGACCUCCGCCGAAGUCGCCUCCUCUCCUUGUUCGGGCUGCGGUCGACGUCACCGGCUUUCUAGCCAUCGCUGCUCCAUUUUCCAUGUAUCCAUUUGUUUUGUCUUGUUCCCUGCACACCUGGUUUUCUUUCCCCAUUCAAUCUACAUGUAUGUAUUCCUCUGUUCCCCAUCGUGUCUUUGUGUAAGAUUGUAUGUGUUACGUGUAUUUUGUCUAUUGGUGUUUAUGUUACACGCCAGACAUCUGUCUAUGUUCCGUGUUUUGGGCACGUUGUUUGUGCUUUUGAUAUUUUACCGGAAUAAUGUGUGAGCCUGUUCACUUCACUCUGCUCUCCUGCACCUGACUUCGCCUCCAGUACACAUCAAGUGACCAUAACGAAAGGAAACAGAGGGAGAAAGAGAGAGAAAAGCUGUUGAAAAAAAGCACAUGGCAAAGAAAAUCACAUGGCGUACAUCCCAGACAACUGAAGAAGAAGUCAGAAUGCAACACAGAUGGAAAAGUAAAUACCGUCAGCUGGCACUGGUUAAAAUUUAAAUUCUGUCUUCUUUCAUUUAGUGGAAUACUUCAUCAAUUAAAUAUUAUGAGCAUUUGA